UUGGAAGUAAACUCCCUCAUACUUUUGAGGGAAGAAGAACUGAAAAGGAAGAAGAAGAAGAGAAAGUUGCAGAAAAUAUGAAAAUAACGAUAUGUCUUCUUUCAUGUUUUUUGGCUCUAUUGUUUACACCCACAUUUGCCAUAAAAAAGUCAUACGUGGUGUACAUGGGUGCACAUUCACAUGGAAAAGACGCAUCAUCCAUUGAUUUUGAUAGAGUUACUGAUUCCCAUCAUGAGUUUCUUGGAUCACACUUAGGAAGUAUUGAGAAGGCCAAGGAUGCAAUUUUUUACUCUUAUACUAGACACAUCAAUGGCUUUGCUGCUAUGCUUGAGGAUGAAGAAGCUGCAGCAUUAUCCAAGCAUCCGGGGGUAGUAUCAGUAUUCUUGAACAAGGGUAAGGAACUACACACAACCAGAUCAUGGAACUUCUUGGGGUUGGAACAUGACGGAAUAAUCCAUGAAAGCUCUUUAUGGAAAAGGGCUAAAUUUGGAGAAGACAUCAUUAUUGGCAACAUUGAUUCUGGAGUUUGGCCUGAAUCAGAAAGCUUUAGUGAUGAAGGAACGGGACCAAUUCCCUCAAGGUGGAAAGGAACUUGCCAACAUGGUACAGAUGCCAGUUUUAGAUGCAAUAGGAAGUUGAUUGGAGCAAGAUAUUUCAUCAACGGAUUCGCUGCUGCAGCAGGAGCUCUCAUCAACUCCAGCUUCUACACACCACGAGACACUUUAGGGCAUGGAUCGCACACAUUGUCCACAGCCGGUGGUAAUUUUGUGGAGGGAGCUAAUAUUUUUGGGUAUGGCAAUGGCACAGCGAAGGGUGGAUCACCACGAGCACGAGUAGCAGCUUACAAGGCUUGUUGGCCUCCUAUUAUUCCAAGCGACUCGUGCACUGAUGCAGAUGUCUUGGCCGCCUUUGAUAUGGCAAUUCAUGAUGGUGUUGAUGUGCUUUCAGUAUCAAUGGGAGGACUACCUGUACCAUAUGUCAAUGACAGUAUUGCUAUCGGUUCGUUUCAUGCUGUUAAGCAUGGCAUUGUUGUGGUAACCUCGGGUGGUAAUUCUGGUGCUUUUCCUGGUACAAUAGCCAACACUGCACCUUGGCUCAUCACUGUCGGGGCAAGCACCAUUGAUCGCGUGUUUGCCAGCUAUGUCAUCCUGGGAAACAAUAAGCGCUACAGAGGAGUAAGCCUUGCAACUGAAGCAGUGCCCCACGGCAAGUCCUUCCCAAUUAUUACCGGCGCAUCUGCUAAACUUGCCAAUGCAACAGACCUAGCUGCUAAUUUUUGCAUAGGUGGGACUUUGGACCCUAAGAAGACCAAGGGGGCUAUUUUGGUUUGCCAUAGAGGGGGUAGUCCAGGGUUUGAUAAGUGCACGCAAGCGACUUUAGUAGGCGCAGUUGGUAUCGUUAUACUCAACAGUGCAUUCUUUGGAAACGAAAUGUAUGCUGAACCUUAUAUCUGCCCUGCAACGCUUAUCAGUUACUCUGAUGCACUUGAAGUCUUGGCUUAUCUUAAUUCAACAAGGAAACCUACGGCUUACAUUACUCGGCCAACAACUGAAUUGGGAACAAAGCCUGCUCCAAUUGUGGCUGCAUUUUCAUCAAUUGGGCCCAACAGGGUUACACCAGAGAUACUUAAGCCUGAUAUCAUUGCCCCAGGAGUGAGCAUAAUAGCUGCUUAUACUGGAGUACAACCGCCUACACAAAUGGGUUUUGAUGAUCGCCGGGUUAAAUUUAACACAAUGACAGGCACUUCAAUGUCAUGUCCUCAUGUUGCUGGUGUCGUUGGCCUUUUGAAAGCGCUCCAUCCAACUUGGAGUGCUGCAGCCAUCAAAUCUGCCAUUAUGACCUCCGCAAGAACGCGAGAUAAUACUUUCAAGCCAAUGACUAAUUCAACUAACCUUAAGGUAACACCAUUUGCAUAUGGAGCGGGAAACAUAUGGCCAAACCGCGCCAUGGACCCUGGCUUGGUUUAUGACUUGACGAUCGAUGAUUAUAUGAGCUUUCUCUGUGCCCAAGGCUACAAUGAAACUCAAAUCAAUAUCUUCUCACAAGGGUACUUCAAAUGUCCCGAGCCAAUUAGUUUCAUCAAUUUGAACUUACCCUCAAUCACAGUGCCCAAGCUCAAUGGCUCAGUCGUUGUGACUAGAACUUUGAAGAAUGUAGGAUCACCGGGCACUUACAAAGCUCGUAUUCGCUCCCCAGCUGGAAUUUCUGUUGUUAUUGAACCAAACACUUUGGAAUUCAACAAGAUUGGAGAGGAGAAAUCUUUCAAGCUAACUCUGAAAGUUAGAGGAAAUAAAGCUCCAAAAGAUUAUGUGUUUGGGCAGUUAAUAUGGUCUGAUGGCAAGCACAAUGUUAGAAGUCCCAUUGUAGUGAAAGCUAGUUAAGAAUGUGUUUGGUAGCUUUCAUUUCUCUGUUUGUAUAAUAUUAUUCAUUGAGCUCAAAGUAUUCAAACAGUUUACUGGUCUAAUAAA